GCAGGAUUCCUGUAGCCGGCGACCCGGUGACGGUGGGGGGAGGGUGUGAAGGCCACGUCGGUGCUCUCGUUCAUUCAUUUCUUCAUCGGACUAACGCUUACGUGUGCGCGGUGCCUGGGGACGGCCUGCCCGCGGGACAAGUGGCCCGUCACAGUUCAUUACGGAGGAAACAGGGUGCGGGGCGGGGGGGCAGUAAAGGGGGAGUGAUGCUGGAGCUGAGCUCGGAAGAAUCAUGGAGAAGAGCUUUGGGAAGGGAAUGGCGUGGACACGGCUCAGGUGGCGUCAGGGCCGAAAGGAGGCAGGGUGGCCGGAGGGGGAGCACCAGGCGGGCCGGAUGGGAGGCCUCGGAGCUGUGGUGUUGGUCUGCUGGGCUGGGAGGCCUGCAGGAGUCGAAGUCUGUAGGGUUUUAGGUGAAGGACCAGUAUGACUAGCACUGUGUUCCAGGAGCGUCUCUGGCUGUUGUGCAGACUUAGGCCCCCUGAGUCUCUGGAGGGUAGGUUCGGAGAGGAGCAGGGAAGCAGGCGUGUGCCCUGUCAGCACUGAUGGGCACAGCCUGGCACACGGCGGGACUUUGACAAAAGGCUCAGCUGCGCCUGGAAGGAAGGGAACUCUGGUGUUCCGCAAGAUGGCCUGAUAUGAAGGAAUCACGCCUCCCCAAGCUGCCUUGUCCUUCAAGUGCAGGAGCCGGUUGAAAUGUCGGGAAUGGAAGCCAAUGCGAGGAAAGGAGGGAAGCCUGGAUGAUCCUACACCCAGCUAAUUCCUCAGGCCUUUACUGGACCCUCCCAACAGGGACUGUGCCUUGGCAGCAGCAGACCAUCCCGAUCUGGCAAAAUAAACCGCAUGGGGCUGCUCGCAGUGUCGUGAGAAGAAUUGGGACCAACCUGCCCCUGAAGCCAUGUCCCCGGGCGUCCUUUGAGACCCUGCCCAAUGUCUCUGAUCUGUGUCUGAGGGAUGUGCCCCCAGUCCCUACUCUGGCUGAUAUCGCCUGGAUUGCUGCAGAUGAAGAGGAGACAUACGCCCGGGUCAGGAGUGAUACACGCCCCCUGAGGCACACUUGGAAGCCCAGCCCUCUGAUUGUCAUGCAGCGCAAUGCCUCAGUGCCCAACCUGCGUGGGCCCGAGGAGAGGCUCCUGGCCUUGAAGAAGCCAGCCCUGCCAGCCCUGAGCCGCACCACAGAGCUGCAGGAUGAGCUGAGCCACCUGCGCAGCCAGAUUGCUAAGAUAGUGGCAGCGGAUACAGCUUCGGCUUCAUUAACGCCAGAUUUCUUAUCUCCAGGAAGUUCAAAUGUCUCUUCUCCCUUACCUUGUUUUGGAUCCUCAUUCCACUCUACAACUUCCUUUGUCAUUAGUGACAUCACUGAGGAGACCGAGGUAGAGGUCCCCGAGCUUCCAUCAGUCCCCCUGCUUUGUUCUGCCAGCCCUGAAUGUUGCAAACCGGAACACAAAGCUACCUGCAGCUCAUCUGAAGAGGAUGACUGUGUCUCUCUGUCCAAGGCCAGCAGCUUUGCAGAUAUGAUGGGGAUCCUGAAGGACUUUCACCGGAUGAAACAGAGUCAAGAUCUGAACCGGAGUUUACUGAAGGAGGAGGACCCUGCUGUCCUUAUCUCUGAGGUCCUAAGAAGGAAGUUUGCUCUGAAGGAAGAAGAUUUCAGUAGAAAAGGAAACUGACAGCACUCAGCUCUGCACACUCAGUCUCCUGCUCCUGGAGUUCCUUCAGUAGCUGCCUUCCUCACCGCAAAUGUUUCUGUCUCUCCAUCAGAAGUUUUCUGCAACGGUCUUGCCGAAAGCUAGAGCUUGGACUGAAAGAGCUGGAUUAUAUGUUUCCCAUACUUCAAACCUUAGCAGAAGCUAAGGCCUGUUGUGAGCUGAGAGACUUGUUACAGGUAAAUGUAUAGAUUGGAAUGUUUCGGUCUAAAGGCUGAGCUAGAAGUUUCUGGUUUUUCCUUGCCCCUGUGUGAAAAUAGGUCCUGAAUGACUUACUUCACUGCAUAAGACCCUAUAACUGGUCUUACCGGACACUUUGUGCCCAGCUGUCACUUACUCUUAGCAGCUUUCUUGCAGCAGAGAGAGCUAUCAGUGUUUAUGUACAUGUUCACAGGGCAGGAAAAAUCUUAUGCUGCUCCAUCACAAACCAACACCAAUGCCCAGCAAUCACCCUCUUCCCAUGUCUAACACCUAGAUGUAGAGGUCGGCCCUCUGGACCAGCUGACAUUUGGGCUGCUUCUGGGAGGCCUGGGCUAUUUUUUUCUUAAAUAUAUUUUGUAAUACUGUACAACCAAAUAUACCCUCCAAGGCCCCACUGACUGAACUCCUGCUCUUCCAUGGACUUUAGUUCAAGCCCAGUAGGAAACAGAAAUGGGGAGGGGAAAGAGAAUACCAUCUUUCUUUGAGGCCCUUGACUGCUUCUUUGCAUUGGGCCAAGGUUUGUAUCCACACCAUGCAUGACUCAGAUGCCCUCAGGUCCCUUUCUCUGCAGUAUGUAUCCCGUGUGUGUUUGGGUUGAAGUACUACCUGACAUUAAAGGAUUUGGCAAGAUACUGCA